UCAUUUUAAUUACACCUCUGUGAAGUUUCGUAAAAUUCGGUCCCCCCUUCCUCACUCUACAUAUUGUGUUCCCGCGGGAAUCCCUCGGGUUUUAAUAAACGGCUCGCUCGAUGUUUCGCCAGAACAUCACAUCAGCUCCAGUGCAAUGGCGUCAGAAAUUCGAAAUUCAAAUCUCUUCUGCGUUUUGAUUGUCUUGUUUUCCAAAAACAAGCUAAAUAAUCAUUGGGUUCCUUUAUUUCUUUGGAAAACCCAUUUUUGUGAGCGAUGGUGGAGCAAGAAACACCUAAAAAGCAGAGCGGUAAUCAUGUUCAGGAUGAAGCUGGUAAAUCUUGUCUUUACGUGAAAACUGAAGAUAGCAGUCUUCCCCAGUCUGCAGUAGAAAGUCUCUUGAGCAUUGGACUGUCAAUCAUCGAGUGCGCUGAUUCCAGCACAGCUAAAAAAUUGUGUGAGAAAAAGGCUUAUGGCUUGAUUAUCUUGGAGCAAUGCGAAGACAAGGACUUUUUUAAACAUAUCAAAGCAACUGGAUCGCUUAAUGAGCAGACACCAAUUGUACUCUUAUUCUCAGAUUCACUCUCGGACACUGUGAAGGAGCUUGUAAAGGACCAGUUCAUUGAUGAUGUAAUACUUAAGUGCAGCACAUUUGACACAGACUUGACCAAAGCAAUAAUGCGGCUAAUCAGUGAGCCCCUCCACUUUGCAGUUACCCCAAAGGCCAAGAAAAAGGAUGAUGCUAUGAAAACUGAAGGGAGCUCACAGAAGCGUCAGAAACUGGACAAGACUCCUCUAUCAGCAUGCAAGCGGUCCCUGGAAAUGCCAGAAAAUGACAACAAAGCUGCUGAAAAAGCCCCUACCCAACAAGACUGGCAGUCAACAGCCGCACCUAUACAGCCCAUGAUGAUGCCAUUUCCCUCUGAGUGUGCAUCCACCUACACCAACAUUGAUGUGUGCCCGUCCUCAGCAGUAUACUCACUUGCACCGCAACAGUAUGUUCCUGGACAAGUAACCUUUGCCAAUGGACAGCCAUGGAUUUCUGGACAGCAACAGUAUCAGUAUUUUACAGAUUUCCUUCCUGAGUACAAUCCUCCACCACCACAAAGCAACAGCAUGGGGAUGCUGACAGCUGCCAUGGAGAUGUCACUUGCUGUGGAAAAGAUCCCAAACAGUAACGCUACCUGUAGCCUUGAAGGGAGCCCUAGUUCUCAGGGUGUGUCAGGCAUCAUCCCUCUGCAUGAUGGACGUGGGUGUGCUGGUCUGGGGGAAGUCAGCGAACUACCAGCUGUAAGCCAGACAUCCGAUUCUAACAAUGAGACAACUGAGGGGGAUAAAACCAACUCACAUCCCAACAACCAAGAGACAAUGUUGCCAAAUUUUGAGACCCUCAAACCACUGCAGUCAAACCUACAAGUCACAGAGACAAGCUCACAGGGUUUCCAGGCAGAGGGCAUGAUUCCUAAAAUGAUCAUGAAUGGUGCGAGGCAGUUACUGGAUACUGCACUUCAGGGCAGUGACUACAGCCAACGACUGAUACCACUGGACCCUCAAGUCACUGCAGUUAUUGCAAGCAGUCUAACACCAUUUGUUUUUGGAAGAGAUUUAGGGGAAAAGGAAAAGACAACAACCCCAAGAUCCACCAAGCGGAAAAGGGAUUCAAUAAACUCCGCUGUCAAUCAUUCAACUUCAAAGACACCGAGUACUCCUGCUGAGAGGAAGGAGGCACACCUGGAGAAAGAGCGCAAAAGAAGGGAGAGGAUUGCGCGAAGCUGGUUUUUACUAAGGUCAAUGAUCCCAUCGUGUAGCGACACGGCAGACAAGGCGACCGUCUUUGAGAUGACAGUGGCUUACAUACACCACUGUUGGAAACAUCAUUCUGAUCUCAUCAAGAAGAUAAACAAGGAUUUCCAGCAGCUGUGCAAUGUCACUACGCCCCCAGAAGAUAUGGAUACAAUAGAGGAGAUGGUGAAAGCAGUGCUUCGGAGGGAGAAAGCGUAAUUACAAAUGCACUCUCUCCUUGUGAGGUAGAUUUGCUACAGUUGGCUCAUAUCUAUGUUACGCUCAACCCUAAAAUCACCUUCUUUAGGAUGAAAGAUCUACCCUAUAAUCUCUAAGAUCAUGCUUAAAAAGACACCAAAGAAGAAAUAAAAUAAAACUUUAUUCAAUAGAACUGCCAUUGGGUAUUGUUAUCUUGCUUUAUGUACAUAUUUACAAAUGUAUUAUAUUGUAUGACCGUCUUUAUAAUCUAUAAUUGCAAAGUAUAACUUUGCCAAUUGUAAAAAUAAGUAUUAUAUUUAUCAUAAAUACAUUAUUGCAAACAUGUGCGUCAAACGCAAUGUUUUUUAUCUUAAAUAAAUAUUUUUUUCAAUA